GGGGCCACUGACCAUUGUCCUGCCUCCCUCGACCUCGCUCCUAUUGUCGUCUGUCGCUUUCGUUUGCUCCUCGUCCUCGCAUGAUCUUCAUCUAGUCCCUGUUCUAAGGCCCCAGGAACGAUCAACAAAAAUGAGCUCUCACACAACAUUCGCUCCCAUUAAUCAGAUUCACCAAUGCCUUCACGCCUACCAUGUACCAUCGCAUGAUCGAAUACAGGUGGUAGAGGCAUUCCACUAUUGCGCCCAUACCAAUCCUGAGAUGCACCAGUGCAUCAUCUAUGACUCAGAUCAGCCGGGAGCCAGGCUGAUCGGCAUAGAGUACGUCAUUUCGGAGCGGCUCUUCGAGACUCUACCCAUGGAAGAACGUCACUUCUGGCAUUCUCACAAGCACGAGGUAGCCUCGGGCUUGCUUUGCGCAAUAGCCGUCGCCUCGCCCGCUGGAGCAGCCGCCAAGCUGGCCUCCAAUUACGUGCCUGGAGUGGCUGCAGGAAUGCCCGAUGAGGUGGAAAAGGGUCCGCUGAGUGAGCUGUACAAGACAUACGGCAAGACAAUUCACACCUGGCAUCCACUAGACCAGAAGCUCCCCCUCGGUCCCCCAGUUCUAAUGACCUCAACCACCGCUGCCCACCCAGGUCCCCGCGGGGACAAGGAUCUCCUAGCUCAGCGCAAGGAGAAGAUGGGCAUCGACACUGAGGCAAAGGAGGAGUUCCGCAAGACAUACCUUGACCCGGACUACAAGGUCGUAGAGGGUGCGGAUCAUUGGGAGACGAGUGGAGAGGCCAAGUUCAUCGAAAUUGGCCGCAGACCAUACAAGAUGGAGGGAGGCGAGAUGAGCAAGCCUGCCGAUGGAAAUGGGGCGGGCGCAACCUGAUUGGGGAGAAAGGCAGGGUGAAAGCUCCUCGCGAGAUCAAAGGCCGUGGAU